AUGGCAAAAAAUGAAGCCGUGUGUCGCAGCUCCUGUUGGAAAUCAGCACCAGCAGUAAAGCCAGGAAGUCCUUCAAAAAAAGCUUGUACUAAUGCUGUUGCCCAUCUUUUCCAAAUAGAGUGGAAAGAAUUAUCAAGUACAAGUUUACUAGCGAAAUUGUAG